CUGCCCCACGGGGGUUCUUUUGUUCCACUCUUUCGACUCUUCUGCAACAGCUCUGGAGGGUACCGAUUCCGACGAGCGAGAAGAUGGUGCAGCGGCUCACUUACCGUAAGCGGCACAGCUAUGCCACCAAGUCGAACCAGCACCGCGUCGUCAAAACCCCGGGGGGGAAGCUUGUGUACCAGACCACGAAGAAGAGGGCCAGUGGUCCUAAAUGCCCUGUCACUGGAAAGAGAAUUCAAGGGAUUCCUCACUUGAGGCCUGCUGAAUACAAGAGGUCUAGGCUUGCUAGGAACCGUAGGACUGUAAACCGUGCCUAUGGUGGUGUACUAUCUGGAGGUGCUGUAAGGGAGAGGAUUAUAAGAGCUUUUUUGGUUGAAGAGCAAAAGAUUGUGAAGAAGGUCUUGAAGAUCCAGAAAGCAAAGGAAAAACUUGCCUCCAAGAGCUAGAACAACCGGUUUAAAAGCAUGAAACCCUUUCCAUUUUAUAUAUGCUGAGUGAAAAUUUUGACUUGGAUCAAUGACUUGUUAAUUUAAAUGAUUUUGGAAUUAGCAUUGUUUUCUUUCAGUUGUAUUAGUCGUUUCAAGUUUCUUCUACAUGAAUAUUAAGUUUGCCGUUCUUGUUUAUGCUGACAUUUGGUACUGGGGGAUUUUUCUUCAUUAUUCCUCAUACUUAG